AUGGGCAAACGGAGUCGCGAAAGCCUAGGCGAGACGCCCGCCCAGGCAUACGACGGCGAAAAUAGCAAGAAGAGGAGAAAAGACGGCUCCUCCUCCGACAAGAAGAACAAAAAGACCAAGAGGCUCCGGGAGCUCAGGAAGGAUAUCGUGGACCUGCCCGAGGAAGAUGUGGAGGAAGCGGUAGCGGAGCCGGUCGCGAACGGAGACUCUGCGCCCGCCAAUGGCGAGCCCGAAGUCCUCUCCAAGAAGGCCGAGAAGAAGAGGCGGAAGAAGGAGCAGGCGGAGAAGGAGGCGAACGAAACAGGAAUCCAAGCCGGAAGAAGUAAAGAAGAGCAAGAAGAGCAAAAGGAGAAGAAGAAGCAGCAAAAGACGGAGGAGGCCGCCACAACAGACGAGACCAAAGAGCAAAAGAAAGAUUCCAACGGUGACACGACAAAAGCCGUGGCCGAUGAGGAGGAGGAGGAGGAGGAGGAGGAUGGCAAGGACGGGAAGCAAAGCAAGGCGCCCAGGUUCAUCGUAUUCGUCGGCAAUCUCCCUUACUCUGCUACCGCUGCUUCGAUCAAGGCGCACUUUGCGUCCCUGAAUCCCGCGCAGGUCCGCUGCCUCACAAUGCGCGACGACCCGACAAAGUGCCGUGGAUGCGCCUUUAUCGACUUUUCCUCAUCCAACGAUAUGCGCACUUGCCUGGACAAAAUGCACCACUCUACCUUUAACGAUGGCAUCUCCAAGUCCCGCAAGAUCAAUGUCGAGUUGACCGCUGGUGGUGGUGGUAAAACCUCCCACCGCAUGGACAAGAUCAAGAAGAAGAACGAAAAGCUCAACGUCAACCGCCUAAAGCGCAUUGAGCAGGAAAAGGAGGAGAAGAAGCACAAGACUCAAGACAACAACAGUCACGGAGAUAUCGAGAACAGCAUGCACCCUAGUAGGAGGGCGAGAGUUCCUGGCUUAUAA